AAAAAAAUGGGCGCCACUUCAAACCUCUCCAGACUUCCCGUUGCCUAGCACCUGCUUGUAUGUUUUGAAUAAGCUAUCUUUGCCUUAGCGGGAAGUACCGUUCUUUGACUAGUCAGUUUCGUAAUCGCGGCGCUUAAGUACGUCGGGUUCAACAGCAGUUCCCAUCUUCACUUCUUGACCAUUGGAGUUCUCUACUCCUUGUAAUCAAACGCUAGCAAGUCUUUGUUUUGUGAGUGCAGCAUCUUCCAGAUUGUAACGUCGUUUAUAAGCUAGCAUAAGCAAAAGCCAACGAAGGAAUUCCAGAAUAAUGUCGGCAGGUGCUCGACUAUCUGGCGAGACUAUUGAGUCUAUAAUCGCUCUCCUUUCUUCCAAUUUCGACGCCCUAAAAUCUUGUUCACUCGUCUCUCGGGCCUUCUGCCCUCCGACCCGGCCCUUUCUAUUCCAUACAAUUCGCGGAAUUUAUAUUAAGCUUGAGUCGUCAACAGACUCCAUGGACGCCUUACAGUCGAUAUCCUCCCACGUCAGGGUUAUCCGGCUAUCCAAUGAUGAUUUGUACACCGACCUCAUGCCGAGAACCAUUUCCAACCUUGAUUGUCUUCAUACUAUAAUCAUUCUUGGAUACGUUGACUGGUCAUCACUCUCGGAAGAAAUGGUCACUGCAUUAUCUUCACGCGCAACCAUCACCUCGCUGGAACUCUACUCCAUUGCCUUCGAGGAUGUCGACCAUUUUGGUCAUCUCAUCUGGUCGUUCCCCUCUCUGAUCUCUCUUAUAUUAUUCGACAUCCGUUCCCAUAAUUCCAUCAGCAAGAAACUUGACGUAUGCACGGAGUCCAAACCAGAAGUGGAGCACCUUACCGUGUACGGCAGUGCUAUCCUUCCGAUGUUCCUCACCCCCACCACAUCGCCUAUUUCACUCCAGCGAUUGAAAAAGUUUACGAUGAUGGAAGUCUUCGCGGUGGAUUUUGUGGGAGUGGCAGCUUUGAUGAAUGUGGCACCUCGCCUUCGUGAGCUUCAUUUCCGGAGUAUGCAAAAAGACAUUGUAUGGCGGGCUCCUGAUCCUCUUGACCUUUUCGGCGUCGAAAUCAUUUCGUUGAUCCUUCAUGACUCAGAAGCCGAUGGAGAAAGCCUGCACUACGUCUCGCCGGAAUUGAUCCUCCGCUGGUGGUUGAGAUCCUUUGAGAGCGGAUUGGAACUUAAAUCUGUUACCUUGAAGAUAUUUAUUCAAUCUCGAGCCAACCCCUUGCUCAACGUGAAUCUAUGGGAGAAUUUCGAUACGGCCAUGGGGGAGUUGUGGGCGCUGAAGGACGUCAACGUUGUAAUUCGGGGUCCUGAGUCAUGCAGGAAGAUGCUUGGAAAGCUUAUUGAGGAGCACUGCAACGGUCUAUAUUCAUCUAACGUACUAAAGAUUGAUACUAGGAGAUAAGGUUACAGAGUGACCCGUCGGCUUGUACUUGGUAUCUUUGGAAAACAGAGGAAUUGAGUAGGCAUGCGCUUUGAGCCCGUGAGGAAUCGACUCCGUAU